CAAGGGUUUCAGCGCUAAGCUUCGGCUACAACCCUCUCUUCGCGCCUACUGUCAAGCAAGUUCGAGCUCAAAGAAGGAUAAUGGUUCGACCGUUUGCGGCGAAAGGGAAGAAGAGAAAGAAGACGGAAAGAUACGACAGAGACGAUGAUGGCGAAGAAUCGAUCGCUUCGGCCAAGAAGGCUAUGGUGGAGAACGAACCUGAUGAACAACCAGAGAAUGAAGCAGCCGAAGAAAACUUCCACGAGCUUGAAGGUAUUCCAAUCGUUCCGAAAGACCCCAAGAGUGAUAGUAAGGCUGGUGUCAUCUUCGUCCUCGAACGAGCUUCUCUGGAGGUCGCCAAAGUUGGGAAGAAUUACCAGCUGUUGAAUUCCGAUGACCACUCCAAUUUUUUACGGAGAAACAAUAGAAAUCCUGGGGAUUACAGACCCGACAUCCUGCAUCAAGCUCUCUUGGCGAUUUUCGAUAGCCGCAUUGCAAAGGCUGGGAGGUUGAAAGUUGUUUAUGUGAAAACUGAGAAAGGUUUAUUAAUUGAAAUCAAACCAUAUGUUCGUCUUCCAAGGACGCAGAAGCGGUUUUAUGGUGUUAUGUUGCAAUUGCUACAAAAGUUAAGCAUCACAGCUGCGGGCAAGCGUGAGAAGCUUUUCCGGGUGAUAAAAAACCCUGUAACACAGUAUUUACCUUCCAAUUCUCGUAAAAUGGGCUUCUCGCAUAGUUCAGACAAGUUGGUCAAGGUGCGAACUUAUCUGGAUGCUGUCGAAGAUGAUGUAGACCUUGUUUUUGUGGUGGGUGCAAUGGCUCAUGGGAAAAUUGAGACUGGUUACACCGAUGAUCUCUUAGCAAUUUCUGAAUAUCCUCUCAGUGCUAGUUGCUGUAUUGCGGAUAUUUGCAAAGAUUUGGCAGAUAAAUGGAAUGUAGGGUGAACCAUACCUACAACUAUGCAUCCAGUUAAGUCUGAUAAUCAGUGUCUCAACUCUGUUGUUUCAUAUUUAUUAGUUAUUAUUUCAGAUUUUUCCUGCUUAAAAAAUGAGCUGUAGAGACAAAUUAAGCCUUACCAUAGCUAUUUCUGUGUAGCGAAUUCUUAGUCGAUUAUGUUACCAAUGCCUCUUCUAAAUAUAAUUGAAAGCAGUUGAUUUCUAGUUC